AUGUUCUUCGUCCUCAGCUUGACCCACCAGGUCACAUUGCACCCCUCAUACUUUGGCCGGAAUAUGCACGAGUUGGUUACAGGGAAGCUCUUGAAGGAUGUGGAAGGAACAUGCACAGGUCGCUACUUCAUAAUCACUAUAAUGGACACGGUCGAUAUUUCGGAAGGGCGUAUACUACCAGGGAGCGGUUUGGCUGAGUUCACGGUACACUACCGUGCUGUGGUUUGGAGACCUUUCAAGGGCGAGACCUUGGCUCAUUUCGCGCAGGUUGAUGCUAUCGUGACGUCUGUGAACGCCGUUGGCUUUUUCGCCGAUGCUGGUCCUCUCCCUCUCUUCGUCUCUUCUCACUUGAUACCUACCGACAUCAAGUUUGAUCCCAAUGCUACUCCUCCCCAGUUCACCAAUAACGAAGACUCGGUUAUUGAGGUUGGGACGCACGUGCGAGUAAAACUGAUUGGUACAAGAGCUGAAGUCGGAGGCAUGUAUGCCAUCGCCAGUAUCAGGGAGGACUAUCUUGGGUGA